AUGGAUAAAAUUUUGGAAGAUUUCCAAUUGAUUCAACCUGUAACACUUUCCACUACACCAAGAUUCUACAAUACUCUCCUCGCUGAAUAUCAAAGUAGAUUGAAGAGAAAUGCUAGUAGUAGUGAGCCAGUCUCUGAAUUUUUAAUUUUGAAUAAUUUCAAAAAUAUUUUAGGAGGAAGAAUAACUUCAAUUGUAACAGGUGGCGCUGCAACCUCCCCUGAAGUAAUUAAAUUCCUUCGUGACUGCUUCAAGGUACCUGUUUUCAAUGGGUAUGCCUCAACUGAGUGUGGAUCCAUUGGUUGGAUUGAUAGAGGAGAAUUGGAGCAAGUGUAUAUUACAGACAAGACCAAGAAGGACAAUGAAAAUCUUCCAUCUCACAUGCUCCUAGUUGACGGUGUCACCAUCAAGUUGGAAAAUGUUCCAGAACUCUCCUAUUACAUUACCGAUCAGCCAAAUGCUAGAGGUGAAAUUUGUGUAAAGAGUGAAGAUUGUAUUCCUGGCUAUUAUAGAGAUGCUCAAAAGACCAGUGAACUAAUUGAUAGCGAAGGAUUCUAUCAUACAGGUGAUAUUGGUGAGAUUUCAAAGAGUACCUACAAGGUUAAAGUUAUUGAUAGAAGAAAGAAUAUUUUCAAGUUAGCUCAAGGUGAAUUUGUAGCUCCUGAAAAUUUGGAAAAUCUCUUCAUUUCCAAAUCUCAUUUCAUUGAUCAAAUGUUCUUGUAUGGAAAUUCAUUCAGAUCAUUCAUGGUUGCUGUCAUUGUUCCAAAGAACGUUCCAAUUUUGCAAGAGCAAGUUGCCACUGUUUUGAAAGAACAAAACUUACCAGUACCAGACGCGAUGGAUCUCUCGAGAGGAAGUGUCGCUUAUCAAAUCAUUCAAAAGGAAAUUAUUACUGCAGCAAGAGAAGGAAAAUUAGAGUCCUAUGAAUCUCCAAAGGCAUUUAUAAUUGAUUUGGAAAAAUUCACACCAGACAAUGGUAAAUUGACCAGCUCGUACAAGAUUUGUAGACCAGCCCUCAAUAAGGCCUACAAGGAAGCUCUCGACAAACUCUAU